GUCCUCAUAGUCGAAUUUGAAAUAUUACGUAAAGACAAAAAAACAAAGCAAUGUUUCUUAUUCAUUUCAGUUUGCAAGCUAUCUGUUACACGAUAUUUCUUGCACUCUUGUCAUAUGCAUUGAUCUACGGAGCCACGCGAGAAGACCCAAAGAAGUACGACGGAUCGGCUGACAAUUUCAGACUGUUUUGUGAGAUUUUGAGCAUUAUUUUUUUGAUGAUAUAUAUCUUAGAAGAAAUGUGCCAAGUAGUUCGGUAAGUUUGACUUGUAAACUUAGUGUAUCUCGUUUCACAUGCAGCUUGUUAGUGGCGCUCACUGAGUUCCAAUAUAGAUAGAUCAGUUAUGCCAUGAUUUGGAGGAGAACCGCAAUUGGUCUCCAGUGCAUGAAAAUCGAUGUCCAAUGGCUGACGUCUACCGUGCACGCAAAACGAGGUCUUAUUCCAUAAAAAAACGUUUAACUUAUGUAAAACUGAAUGUUUAAUUCCUUAAGCUGUUUCACAUGAAUCCUGGUGCGUAUCUUCAACUUCAACGCUGUAUCAACAACAAUUUUGAAUUUUCUCCGUUGCUUAUAUUAAAACCUUAUUCAAUGCAAGUAUUUAUACUUGACGCCAUUUUGAAGGUGAGAUCAACAGAUUGACUUUUGCCCCUGAUGUGUAUAUUUUCGACCAAUUAAAAUGUUUAAAAGUGUUUGGAAACCAGUUGGACAUCAAAUUUUGGAGGUGAAUAGCUAAAGAGAUGACCAAUGCCAUGGCAGCGGCUAGGCUAACCUGAAGUUCAGGCCCUAAUCACAUUAGGGCCUGAACUUCAGGUUACGGCUACCAAACGAACAGGAUACGGGACAAUUUAUGGGACAAACAUUAUUAUAGUUAUUCGAGUGACGAUAUGUCUAUAUAUGAUUUGAACCCAGCACAAAGUUGGUGAGGGUUGAUUAUGGAGUGCAAGAAAAUUGAUAAUAGUAGUUAGGAUCGCUCGUCAACCGUUGCCCUCGACCAGGGCAUUGAUAAAUCUAUUCACAUAUUUUCUGCAGCUGCUCCUGUCGGUUCGUUAUUAUUGUAUUGAAUUAAUUAUCAACAAUUGAUUAAUAUUUAACAAAUAUAAAACAUUUUCCGUGUUGAUAUACAGUUGUAUCAACACGAGUGGAAAUUGGGAAAAACGAGAAAUUGUGUGGAAACACGACGCUCGAAGGACGGAGUGUUUUCACACAAUUUCGAGUUUUCCCAAUUUCCACGAGUGUUGAUAUAACUAUAGUUAUAUAUGUUUUAUAUUUGUUUUAUAAUAUAGCACAAAGAGAUAUAAAGAAAGAAAUUUUCCGACGAUUCCGUGUUGACAAUGAGUUAUAUCAACACGGCUCUUAGCCAAUCAGCGUUCAGAAUUUACAAAUGCUAUAUUAUAAACAUAUAUAAGUUAUCGUGUUAAUUAUAUAAAUCAUCCGUGGAAGAAAUGGGCAUAUUUUUGUGGAAAAGUUCAUAUGUUUUAAAUUAUUUUUCGUGUUAUAAUCAUUUGCGUGCUAUUCUCGUAAUUAUGAUGACGCAUCCUUUAUAUUAGAUCAUGCGGAUGUGUAGGUGAUUAAAUAAAGUGAUUACAUACAGAAAAGUUAUAUACUUCAUAAAAAUUAUGGUGUAUUGACCAACUUGAUUUUGUAAAAUCCAAAAAUGAUAGUAAAUAACCAAAAGAAAAAUUGUUGAUUGUUCUUCAAAUUUGAAUUUUUUUAUCCAAUCAUCAACAUGACCUGACAAACACGCGGUCUAAAUGUAACAAUGUGGGGAGCAAGGCUUCUAGAGACCGAUGUCGUGCACACCAAAUUAAUAAGUCUAGGGUUCCCAUUACACUGUCUGGCUUUUUGCAUGUAUUAACUGAUUCAUUAAUCGAUUAUUUAUCGGAAAAAGCUCUAAUGUUAUAAUCGAAUAUAAUUAUGAUCUCACAGUACGUUUCUUUUUCAAGAUCUUUGCUAAUGCACAAAUUUAUUUAUACUUUAGAGAAUUCGAGGUUUACUACAAGGAUCCCUACAAUUAUUUUGAUUGGAUUGGUCUUAUUCUGACGUUGCUUGUUAUCCCUCUUCGAUUUGCUGACGUGAGCGAGCAAUGGAGCGUUGCAAGUCUGGGAUAUUUGUUCAAUUUUCUAAGAAUUUUCAAGUUUUCUUGUGUUACCAGGUAAUGUUUCUUAAUUUUUUUCAACAAAUUAUUUUAGUAAAAACUGAAUGAGGUGUUUAGCGUUUCUACUUGACCAUGCAUGCAUUGCAUGCAAGCAUGCUUCGUGGCAUCCUUUCAAGCAGUAGGAAUGUCGCGGUACCAUCCACUAACGACAACUACAACUGCAGAGAAUAAAAACGAAUUAGCCAUUUCCCAGUCGAGUAGAGGACUGGGUCUAGUCGCUUGUUUGGAGGGACAAAAAAUAAACAAUAUGCCGAAUAUGGCAUCUAGGAAGUUUUCCUACAUUCCUAAAGUUAUUUGUGCAGCCUGAAACGCAACAAUUAUGAUAAGGAAUCUUUUAAUAUAUAUUUAUCUCGCUCACGAUAACUUGUUGUCCCUCCAAACGUCCCUCCAAACAUCAACUAGACCCAGUCCUCUGCUCGAUUGGGAAAUUGGCUAAUUGUCCCAUGUUGCAUAAAUAAAAAUUGCCUUAUAAAGCGCGUUGUCUAUAAAGCGGAAGUUAAGGAUGACAGAGGAGAAAUCAAGGAGUUUAUUGGGAUAACAUCAAACACAUUUAAGAAAGUUUUUAAGAUCAUAAGACCUCAUUCGAAGACGUACGCUACGUUAAAUCUACUGAGCUGUCCUAUAGCGCAUUUGGCAUUUGAAGAACAAGCAGCGCAAAUUCGACAAUGAAUCUUUAACCGAGACUCAAGCAUCGUCGCCUGAGGAACGCAUUGAGCGUGAAACUCGAAGUUGCGACUGUAUUUAAGUAACCUCCCCCCCCGUAUUCAGCACAUGUACAAGUAAAUAUCGGCAGAAGUGUUGCCAAGCAUUUCCCACUAGUCAACACUUUAAGAAAAAAUCUUUGAAUCGCAGCACAAUGAAGAUAAGCUAUAGUUUCAUGAAUAAUAUGGCUAGUAUAAUUAAAGGUCAUAACAACUCAUGCCCAUUAGACGAACUAUCUUACAAUGUUUAACAGCAAAUAUCAUCACCAAGCGAUAGUAUCCAGCACUUUCAAAAUUCGAUUGGGGCUUAAAAGAAAAGAAUUGCGAUUAUGUCAAACGGACCAUAUUUUACACGAUGUUGAAGAAAAAACUUCUAUGUUGAAGAAAAAACACCCUCAAGUAUAUAUACUACAGACGCAACCAACAUGCCAUCCUGUAUUGUAUUUUCCUUAAAAAUACCCGAUUAUCACUCACAGAUUCCUUUGUCUUUAGGACAACUGGACUGUAUACAAAGACGUUGGCUAAAAUUAUUUAUCGUGACAUUAGCCGUUUUUUGGUUGUAUUUGUUAUCGUUUGCCUUGGUUUCUGUGGUGCCAUGUUUAUGGCGUUGACAGCUACUGGAAUGGAGGAUAUUUUCAGGUAAAAUUGGAAUGAUUGCUUGACCCAGUAUUCUCCUGCAGUUUUAAACCUAUACGCCUACUAUUAUUUUAGGCGUAAUAAGGUACCGUGAUAUCUUAGUGCAAGUCACCAGUAAAUUAACUCCACACUAGAUCGAAAACGAACGACGUGAAGAGAGAAAAUACUAUUUCUGUGUUACUAUACUGUACUUUUUGUAAAGCAUCAUGUGUACAUCAUGUUUUUGCACUAUCGAUUCGUGUAUCGAUUAAAUUUUCGCAUAAAUUAUUCGAUUAAAUUAUUGGUAUAGAGCAACUGAACUUUCUAGUUUUAGGACAUGCAGAAUAGCAUUAAAAUAGCAGGAACAUACUGAAGCAGGUUUUGUAGCACGAUGUUAAUCUUUUGAAGGAUUUUGGAUUUAUUAAUAGCUAACUCUUAUCUCUCAGAAUGUUUAAAACCAGAGUUUUAAUAAAAUUGUAGUUAACCCACCUUCUUUAUCAGGUUUGCGCUUCUGAGUUCUGGAGUGUUUUUCCUUACCUUCUAUUUUCGUAUUUUUUAGCAAUUAUGGAACGUUGAUGUUAGCUGCUGUCAGAGUUCUUGCUGAACAACAGCCGGUUGAAGAAGACUACGGAAAAUUCAAGUAAUAAUAAUAAUUGCUCACUUUGCUAUUGGUGGAUUUGGCAAAAAUACAAUACACACGUGACGGUGAAGGACCGUUUUUGUGAAUAAACGUUGACUAACAUUCCACAGCCAUCUUCUUUUCAAUAGGCUAUGGAAAAACUUGAUGGACUAGUUGUUUAUACACUAGUAGAUCCUGGAGACCUGUUAAACAGUAAAGUUUGAAUGUGUUUUUGUUUGUCAUUAUGUAGUUGGUUAACCAUCCUUAUUCUACUUGGUUAUAUGGCCAUGGUGAUUGUGAUUUUACUUAAUGUCCUUAUUGCACAGUUGAGUUUCACAUACAGUGAAGCCAAGAACAAUGCAAAACUUCAGUACGCUAUCGACAGAAUGUCAAUUAUCACUCGACUAGAGCAAAGUACAUUUGGAGUUGUAAGUAUACAUAUUAGUAUUGUUUUUUGUCAAUUUAUUGGUGGGCUUUAGCAAGGAUUACGUGGGGCAGCAGAUGGUGGGCAACGUCAGGAAUGUUGGCGUUUACAGGAGUUUUGAAUGUCUUCUAUUUAUUUGCCGCCGAAUUCAAUAUUGCUACAUUCAUUGAAAAAGUAAACCUCGUUUCUUUCACACUGAUUGAUCACCAUCGUCUGGUCGAUACAAUGAUAAAAUUUGCUUGAUAAAAUUCAAGGAGCCAUUGAGGAUCGAAACUAUUCCUGUGGGAUAUUUCUCGACAUGUCAAAAGCUUUUGAUACAGUUUACCACAAUAUCUUCUACAAAAACUUGAAUACUAUCAGAGGUCAUAUUUACGUAUCUUUGCGUUCAGUUGGUGCUGAAGCGUUCGGAUUCUGGCAGUGCGUUGUUUCAGUGGUUUGGUUUGUUGUUUUUUUUGUUGUUUUUUUUGUUUUUUUUGUUUUUUUUGGGACACCCUGUACAGUAUACUGUGAAUUAAUUAAAAGGUUUAUGUUAGGAAGAGGAGGGGCACCAUGCAAUGGACUUUACGUCCAGUUUGUGCCUUGUCCGUUUGAGUACAGCUCUUUAAUUGUAUGUUAGAUGAAUAAUUGUUGAAUUAAUUUGUACUCAAUAAAGUUUAACAAACAAGGUUUUUGUAUUAAAGUGGUUUAAUUAAAGUGGUUCCUGUCUUAUACACUUAGAAUACCGGAAGCAAUUUGUAUCGAUAGGACACGUUAGGUCUGGUACUUCCCUUAUAGCAUAUGGCGUGCCACAGAGAUCGGUUCUUGGGCCGCUGCUUUUCCCACUAUAUGUAUAUUAAUAAUCUCAAAGAUUCUAUAGUGAUAUUCUGGAUUUGCAUCUCUUUGCUGAUGACUCUAGUCUGUUUUAUACUGUGUGCAAAUAUUUUUAAAUGAUUCAUUAUUGCUUAACUUUUAAGAGAGAAUGUAGUACAGUGUUGGUGUUGUAUAAUUGGUUGUCAUACAUAUGUUACUGAGAUUUUAAACAAGAUUAAACGUAAUAUUGAUGUUAUUUGUAAAUUAAGAAAUUUUGUGGAUGUUCACAUUCUAAUAAACCUUUAUCAUUUCUUGAUUUAUUCUAUUAACUAUAUGAUUUAUCCUUAUACUUCCUUCACCAAUCCACUUUUCAUACUACAAAAAAGCUUUUUCGCAUGAUUACCUUUUCUGCACGACUACAAUGAUCACAUAAAUCCUAUUUUUAUUAAUUUAAAUAUCUUAAAGUUUCAUGACCUUGUCUUUUAUGACAAUGCCAUAAUUAUCGCAGUGGUAGAAAUGUAACGUGAAUUUAAUCAGCUAAUUGUCUCUAACUUCCAAUUUUGAAAUUAUCUCAUAUUUCUUUAGAAUCUUAGAGUGAAGUAUUACGAGAAUGGUGCUCGAGUGAGUGAAACUGAUCUUGUUAAAGGUAAUAAUAAUGAUACAAAAUGCAAUGAGAACUGCAAUGCUAUAUAGGGCCUGUUUCUACACUAUAGUGUUUCAUGAUCUGGAAUCUUUGGCCAUUAUUAAAUUUUAUGGAUGACUCUGGCAUCACCUGAGUAUACGUACAUAUUAUAUGAGAAUAAUUUCAAACAGAUAAAAUUAUCUGUGUGUUCCUUGGUAGAAAUGUUGGAAUACAGUGAAGAAAGACAUCCUUGGGAGUCAAUGGAAGAGAAACUUACAUUAGUCAGGUAAGAUACACUGCACCCUCAUCACCCUGUAAUCUGAUACUGCAGCUAAAUUCAAUUAACUAAAUUCAAUUUAGUUUCUGCUUAUUUUUUAAGGUAGUAUAAUAUAACCACUCAGCACAGCAUUUCUAAAUUCAAUUAAGGUUAUCGCAAAGCCAAAUAUUUCCAACCCCACUGCCCCAGCUCAAAUAUUAUUGGGAUGGUACACUGUUUAGUACAUCUGCUUUUUCACCAAUGCAACUGGCCUCUAUUGUUGUAGACCUGCUGCAAAUCUCAUCUGAAUUUUGUAUCGUUCCGCUAAUAUUGUGCAUAACAAUGUGUCAAUAUUGUGCUAGUCUUAGAAACUAGGCGAAGUUUCCAUAUAUUAACUUCACACCGACUUGAUCUCGUGGGGCACUAGAUUAGCAAACAAAAGGUCGCGGGUUUGAUUCCCACCGCAGUCAAGCAACAUUUUCAGCUUGCCCGUUUUGGACACACUCAGGGUGGAUCAUCUUAAAUAUAUCUACUGAGUAUGUGCACCACAAUUAUUACACUGUAAAUUUGUAAAAGUUGUAAAAAUUUAUACAGUGUAAGUCUUGUGCUGGUGUUAAAAUAUAUUUAAUAAUUUCUUUUUCGUUACAUAUUUUUUUCAGAGAUUUAAUGAGGAAAGUAAUACGAAAAGUGUCGGACAAAUUCGACUAACAAGAAACAGAAAAGGACCAUAAUACCAAGAAGCUGCAGUACAUGCAUGUAUUCGUUUCAGACUGCGGUUUCUGAGGCGAUUCCAGGUUGCUGGAUGUUAAUCACGAAUAGGAAAUUAGUUAUUGUAUGCCUAUUACUUUUUCGGGAGAAACCUGAUGUUUGGGAUGGGAUUAUAUGUAAUACAUGCAUGCAUGCAAAAUAGGUUUUUUGAAAGACAUAGAUGAAGUAGUUGCGGACGAUAUUUUCUCUGCCUUGCUCUGUUGCCCUCUUGCUCUAUGUACAAGAUGAACGUAAUUCAGCGGAGGAUAAUGGUAUAGAUCAGUGGACUCUAUAUAAAUACUGGAACGAUAACUCCAGAUCUUGGAUAAAUGGCCCUAUGAUUGGGUGAAGCCAACACAGCGGCCAAUAGAGUGAUUUCUUGUAGGUAUAAAACACGCGUGUACUUCGCGCGGGAGCUGAAGAAUGACUAUUAGGUUUUCCACUUGAUGUUUUUGAAUUUUUGCACGCAAAUACUUAUUUUUAGUCGUAAAUACCUCACUUAAAAGUUGAAAACUAGAUGUAACUGUCAUCCAAAUUAUUUUGUUUUCAGUUCAAAUCCCUCAUGGACAGUUCAGAAAAAUAAAAUUUUGCUGGUGAUUCUCCACGGGGUUUUAUUAAUCUUGUUUUUCAUUAAUCUAGUCAGAUAACUUUGCUUUUUAUUGAUAAUGUAAGGCC